CCAGAGCCCAGUUAAAGGCCGCUCCCAGCGCCUCUUGCCGGUCCAGUUUGCUCAGUGCGCAAGCGCGGAGGGUUCUCCUUGUCAGCCGGCGCCGCGUGCGGGCGAGUGGCUCUGUGGCAGCGGCAGCGGCAGCGGCGGCUGUUAGUCUCCUGCACGAUGAGCGGCUUCAGCAGCGAGGAGCGCGCCGCGCCCUUCACCCUCGAGUACCGAGUCUUUCUCAGUGAGUGUCGGCGGUCCGCGGCCCCUCCUCGCCCAACCGUCCAUUCAUUCCCGGGCCUCGCCUCGCGUCCCAACCUGGGCGCCUGCGGCCCGCGCUUGGCCUCGCGUCCUGGGCGCGGGCUGGGCUCCUCCAGCCGGUCCCCGGGGCCUGGGCCCGCCCGGCCAUCCCAUUUCACGUGUCCGGCCCGCGGGCGGGACGGCGUGGGUCGGCGUUUUUCUUUCACAAGCAGGGAUGUGUUCCACAUGGUGGUUGAAGUACCACGCUGGUCUAAUGCAAAAAUGGAGAUUGCUACAAAAGACCCUUUAAACCCAAUUAAACAAGAUGUGAAAAAAGGAAAACUUCGUUAUGUUGCAAAUUUGUUCCCUUAUAAAGGAUAUAUCUGGAACUAUGGUGCCAUCCCUCAGACUUGGGAAGACCCAGGACAUGAUGACAAACACACUGGCUGUUGUGGUGAUAAUGACCCAAUUGAUGUGUGUGAAAUUGGAGGCAAGGUGUGUGCAAGAGGCGAGAUCAUCAGGGUGAAAGUUCUGGGCAUACUGGCUAUGAUAGAUGAAGGGGAAACCGACUGGAAAGUCAUUGCCAUUAAUGUGGAUGAUCCUGACGCAGCCAAUUACAAUGAUAUUAAUGAUGUCAAGCGGCUGAAACCUGGCUACCUAGAAGCUACUGUGGACUGGUUUAGACGGUACAAGGUUCCUGAUGGAAAACCAGAGAACCAGUUUGCUUUCAAUGCAGAAUUUAAAAAUAAGGACUUUGCAAUGGAUAUUAUUAAAAGCACUCAUGACCAUUGGAGAGCAUUAGUGACGAAGAAAAUUGAUGGAAAAGGAAUCAGUUGCAUGAAUACCACAGUGUCUGAGAGCCCCUUCAAGUGUGACCCUGAUGCGGCCAAAGCCAUUGUGGAUGCUUUACCACCGCCAUGUGAAUCUGCUUGCACAGUACCAACAGAUGUGGAUAAGUGGUUCCAUCACCAGAAAAACUAAGGAAAUUUCUCUGGAAUACAAGCUGAUAUUGCUGCAUCCUAUUCAUCUGGACAUAGUAGAUGCAAAAGUAGUGGCUUUUCAGAGCUUUAAAUUUAUAGAACUUACCUAACAAAGCAAAUUCUGCUGUGACCAAUCUAAUAUAUUCAAAGUGUUAUCCAUUUGAAAGCAUUUUUCCAUAUUUCAACUAAGAUAACUUUCAGUACAUGCUUGAAUAUGAAAGCAGUUGUUGUAAUUUGGAAGUCAUUUGUGAAUAAAUAUGCAAGAUAAGUACAUAUUAGAUGUAUAUGUUUACCAGGUGUUAGGAAUUAGGAAAUAAAAUUAUUUUGCUGAA